AUGAGUAGUAAUAAUAAAGAUGAUUUAGAUAUUUCUAAACUUUCAAUUAGAGAUCAAAAUAUUGUUGAUGGAUAUAAUAUUACAGAUGAUGCAUUGGGAUAUGCAAGAUUGUAUGGUUAUAUAAAGAAAGAUCAAUCUGAUUUAAUAUCUCCACAUCUAAUUGAAAAAUAUGAAAAGAAUGCAGAUCAAUAUUGGAAUAAAUUCUAUAAGAAGAACAAUGCAAACUUUUUCAAAGAUAGACAUUGGUUGGUCAGAGAGUUUCCAGAGUUUCUGAGUAAGCCUGACGACGGAAAAGAGUAUCUCAAUUGCUUUGAGAUUGGUUGUGGCGUUGGUAACACAACGCUGCCACUGCUAGAGUUGAACGAUCGACUCUGUUUCUAUAGCUUUGAUUUCUCGUCGCAUGCAGUCGGUUUGCUUGCCAAAGAGGUAGAGAACAAUCAGGCCUAUCAUAACCGUUGUCACAGUUUUGUAUUCAGUGCAACGGAACACUCUGAUAAGCUGCCAUCGUACAUACCGUUCGGUCAAUGCGAUCUAGUAGUGAUCAUUUUCGUGCUGUCGGCGAUGGAUCCCUCCAGUUUUGACAAUGUCGUCGAUAUGUGUCAUCGUGUGCUGAAACCCGGUGGCAAAGUACUGAUUCGUGACUACGCUGAGAACGACAUGGCUCAGUCUAGAUUCGAGAAGCACGCAUCUAAACUCGGAGAGAACUUCCAUGUUAGACAUGAUGGAACACGAGCAUAUUAUUUUUCAUUAGAAUUAAUGGAGAAACUAUACACAUCGAAUAAUAGAUUUAGAGUAGAUCAGAAUAUAUUGGUAGAAAAGAAAGUUGUAAACAGAAAACAAAAGAAUCAAAUGGAUAGAAUAUUUAUUCAAUCUAAAUUUAUAAAGAAUUAA